CAUCACUCCAUUCCGCGCUCGACGCAGCCGGAUUACCGCACACAAGCCGCUACAGCAGCGCGCAUCGUACCCAGCGAAACCCGUCGACCCGCGCACCUCCCUCUCACACCCGAAGAAAGCAGCCUGUCGCCCGAAACAGCCACACGAGAGCGCACUGGCAGUCUCAGCCCCCUUCUGACAUUGAGACUUGGAUACUGUGAUGGCAGAGCAGACAAGCCACAAUGUGGUAAUCAACUCGGAGUCGACGAGCGCCUCUGCGCUAGUCGACGCUGCUGCGAACAACUCCACCACCGCUUCCGCUGCCAGCGGCACCACGACGACGACUAGCUCGAAAAUCCUCUCCGAUACAAUCAGCGCCGUGGGCUCCGCUGUGAAAACAGUCCUUCCCAAUGGAACAACUUCAGAGCAGACAGGAUCGAAAACGUUCUCGGCUGCAGCUGAGCCAAGUGCUGGCGAGGCUGGAGACCAACCUGCGAUUAAAGCUCCCGGGUCACAAGCAGUAGCGAGUGAUGGGACACUGAAAUCGGCGCAUGGAGAUCUUGUAAAUGGCACGCACGAGGACAGCAAUCAGGCGGAUGGACAUGCAGAUGACAAGAGCAUUACAGGCGGGUCCGUGGAUUUGAAUGUGAACUCGGAUACGGACAACAGCAGAGUGGAUGCAGGCGAGAAGAACAGCCGACACGCGCGCACGACUUCGACUGCAAAGAAGCCUGUCGGUUUCAGUAAGGUGAAUGCAACGAAGAGCUUCCUGAGCAAAAUCGCACCGACGGCGCCGACGGCACCACAAGCUGGAGACAAACCAACGCCGGCAUCUGCGACCCUGCAGCCAGCAAAUCGACCUCGACUCAUCGCCAAGACAGGCGCCUCGCAAUCGAUGCUCAAGCCACGCAUAGGCUCUGCUGGCCCAGGAGCUCCAGACGCGAGCAAGGUGUGGAACAAGAAUCAGCCUGUAGUGGCUCCACCACCGAAGCAGUUGACAGAUGAGGAACUCAAGCAGCAGUUCGGCAUUCACCUCGCGACGCGACUGCAGACUGAUGGGGAUAAGAAAGAUUCAAACUGGGCAGACAUCGACGAUGAUGAGGACGAUUGGGCACCAGAAACUGUGGUGUGGAUGGAUGGCACUAAGAGUACCGUCCCGAAAGACCCAACUCCUGUGCCUGGCGAAGAAGAGCAAAAACCAGCGACUCAACCAGCUGUGAAGACCGCCGAAAGCGUGAAGCCAGCGCUCGCUCUCAAGCAGCGCUCAGACCGCCCGGAGAGGCCGAUGCAGAUUUUGAAACCUGGAGCUACCGCGAUGCAAGCGAGACAAAAUGGAGGCCUUUCUGGUACUUCGUCGGUAGGUCAGAAGGCCUCUCUGACGGCUAAGAGCCCUGCAGCUGCACCAGCAAAGUCACCGUGGGCACCCGUACCCAAGCCGGAUACUGUGGCACCUAUCAACCCCCCGGUACAGGCGCCUCCUGCCCCACGAGCUCUGCCUUCUCAAGAUGCACGAGCGAGCGAGGCCAUGGCCCCACCACCGGCUCGUGAGAUAGCGGCAGACACAUUCGACAGAUCGUGGCAGCGCGAGAGCGGCGCUCGUGAGCUGUUUAACUCGUCAAACGGCCGAUACGAGCCUGCUCCAGAAGGUCGACGAGGUAGUAUUCGUCAGGACAAUUCUCGAAAGCCAGCCGUCCUGCAGCGUCCAACACAGACACUCUCGCCGGCACCAGAGCCGUCGCCAGCUUUCCAAUCUCGGAGUAGCUCGCAGAUGGACGGCAGCUGGGGUAGUCGCAGACGCCGUGACUCUAGUGCGAGUCUAGGAAGUAUGCCAGGCCGACGUCGCGUAUCCGUCAGCAAAGCGUCAGAGUUCGCUGCUACGCCAGAAGUGCCACCAACUACUUCAGAAAGAGCAACCAACCCUGUGGCUGUGCGGCCUAACUUCCAUCAACAGUCAGCUUGGGAUCAGCAGGUGCCACCGCCUCCAGAUGUGCAGCAAGAAGCUCCUGCAGCUCAGGUCGAGGCGGGGCUGCUGCCAGAAGAUCCUGUCAAGGUUCAAGAGCGCAUUAUGCAAGAAAAGCGCGAAGCCGCCAAACGUCGCAAGGAGGAGGAAGCCCGCGAAGAGGCUGCGAAACAGGAGCGUCUCAAGGCGAAGCUAGCAGCUUUAGAAGGUGCAGGCAAGUCGAGAAGUGAGCGUGCUGCUGAGGCGGCUGCGAAGACAACGGCCGAAAAGCCUGCAUCAGCAAGUGAAAUCGAGAGCUCCUCAAAGGAACCACACCCUGCCAAGCAGCCAGCCUCCACCAGCGCCAGCUCUCAAUCACCUGCUAUUGUGGAAACACCUGCGCCUGCUCAACAAUCGCCCGAGAAACCGGCAGCCCCACUUCAACCGCAGGGGACUCUUUCUGGACUUGCGACUCAAACCGAUCAGAGCCCGACACAAACCACAGGUCAGCGCGCGCCGCCGGCUCGUGCACCUUUCAAUCAGCAACAACACGCAUCGGCUUACAGAGCACCCACGUCAUCCUACUCGUCACCCGGGGAACGCAAAUCGCAGCCUGCGCCGCUCGGCAGGUCUCCAGGCGUCAACAACGACGCCUUUUCACCUUGGCCGUCCACGUCAAACUCGAAUAGUAACAUUUGGGGCAGUGGGUUUGGCAACGGGGUCUUCGAGGGCGGAAGUGCUUUCGCUCCAAUGGCUACCUCACAGCAGAACUCGUCGCUCCCACCGCCGCCAGGCAUGUCCCGCGCGCCAGGCUCCGCUAGAAUAUCUCCGCAAGGUUUCAACCAGGACAGCCGCUCGCCUAGCAUUGGACAGCCACAAGUUUCUGAGCAGCAGCGAGCUUUCCCUGCUCCUGGCAUGAAUGAUAGACCCGCACCUUUUGGUUCCAGCCAAUCACGCCUGCCUGGCGUCUCUCCCUCACAGGCACCUGGUUAUGGUCGUCCGCAUCAUCCUCCAGGGCCUAUCGGGCCACCGUCUCGUGCUCAGCAUCACGUUCAGAAUCAGCAGCAACAACCACCUGUCCAGCGGCCACACCCGCCCGCUCCAGAAGUCUCGCCUUGGACCACUGCCGCAGAUCGCAUGCCCAACGGACAGGUGCCGAGUGCACCACUACCUGAGCAUCGAUUCAAGGAGACAUUCAAGAAGACCGCCUCCGAACAGAGUGGUAAACUUGGCGCGCCUCGAAAGUACGAUGCUGCUGAGCGCACUGUACAUGAUGGGAGUGGGUCAAAACCUGUCGCUGGCUUCAGCCCGGCACCCCCGAGCACGCAAACCCAGCCAAUCGCGCCACCACCUCCAGCCGCCUCACCAGCUCAGGAUGUCAGAACCGACGUCUCAAAUGGCAGCACAGUGCGUAUUCCAGACCCGUCUCAGAACCCAUCGCACGGUGGCUUGCCACGACCAAUAGCGCCACCUCAUCGCAUGCACGCUGAGCGUCUCCGACAACAGCGCAUGGCGACUGCUCCGGUCGCGCCCAAUGUUGCGUCCAAGGAGCAGUUUGCGCCGCCGCCCGAAGUAGAGAGUCACCCUGUGUACUCUGGCGAUGCUCGCCAUCCACAAGUAAGACUUCCGAAGCCACAGGCUAAAGUACGAUUGCCACCUGCUCCAUCACAGGUACAGUCUCUCCAAAAUGGAUCGGUCGUAAUGUCGCCUCAACGACAACCUUACCGAUUUUCCCCACCAGGUGCUGUGCAGCCGAUCGUUGACAACGAAAACUGGCAGCAGAGGUUCAAUGGUCUUUUUGGUCGCGCGCACUUGCAGACCGAGGCUCCUCCAUCACCUCCAAAGACGCCACCGAAGUCCCAGGGUGUCUCUCUAGCCGUGGCAUCCUCUAGCAUAGAGCCGAUGGCUACGCAGACCGCUGGGGCGACCGUUUCGCUGCCUCAAGGCAAGAACGCGCAACGAGUUCAGACCAUUCGUAACCUUGAGCCCACGUCUAAGCCAGAAGUGAAUUUCGACAACGAGCGCAGUUUUGGAUCUUUGCCGAAGAUUAAGGUGCCCAGCAAGACUCAAUAUCACCCUGAUGCCGGUUCUUUAAGCGGCCCGAACCUGUUGAAGAUGAAGUACAAUGGCCGGAGCGUUGACUCUGGCUUCCACGACCAGAUCUUCUUUUGGCGAAACCCUGCAGGCAUCUUUGUCAACGUGCCGUUCACGAGACUCAACAAUAAGCUGUGUGUCGACCCGAACUAUGUUGCACCUCCACCAAAACCAGCUCGCAACGAGCGCAAGCCUUACCAGCAGCGUGAUCAGCAGAUUCUUGGUCGUGAGCAGCAACAGUAUGGUUCUCGUGAUCGCAAGCACGCUCGAGCGGACCAGGGUCAGUCCGGUCCUGGCAGCCGCAAGGGUAGCCAAGCAAUCAAGAAUGCCGAGCAGCAGCAAGUGCAAGGUACGGAAGAUCGGAAGGCAUCAGGCAAGUUCGCCAACAAGAAACCCAACGACCGCGACAAUCGUGACGCCCGAAAGGCCACUGCCACUCAAGACGCUCGCAUCAAUUCAACUCCAGUCAAGAGCCAGAGCGCGGCUUCGUCAAAGCGACCGAGUGUGCAACCGGCCAAGGAGCAGAAGCCACAAACACCGCCAGCAAACAAGACAGCUCCAAUGUCGGCCAAGGAGGCUACGACAGAGAAGCGAAAGUCGGGCGUCUCGAAGCCGGCUGGAACUCCAAGCGCCAGUGCCAAUCGUUUCGAGCUACUCGGAAUUGCGGCCUAAACACUGCCUGCCAGGGCUGACGACCAGAUUCAGCACAGAGAAAAAGAGCUUGUCAAGAGGAGCAUGUGCGACAGAUGACGAAAGUCGUAUGUCGAUUUCGAUGAACUCAACGAUAUCCUUUCACUGCGAUGAACAGAUGACACAUUUUGGAAGGGGUAGUCCCCACGGGACAGCCGUGUUGCUCGUUGAGCAUUCAUGAGAGCACGAGCAGUGGAAUUUUUCAGAGUAAACAUGACGGCUCGCUUCACCACGAAGGAGCUGUUGACUGUAUUUUGUAGCUUUUACAUACCGUUGAAGCGAAGCAUGAGUGUUCAACCAGUCGAAGUUUCUUCCGCACCAUACCCUGAUUCUUCUUGCUAAUGGAAGAGGUUUAGAGGAGUAGGCACAGUGUGCCUGCAAGCGAAACAUUUCUAUUGCCGGCGAGGUAUGAAUGAUUGCGGAAACGCUCCAAGGCCGGCUUAUGCACAGGUGGAGCAAAAUCAAAUAUGCAAAACUGCUUCAAUGGCAAGUCGCCCCCGUCACACGGAAUAUCAAUAAACGUCCAUGAAACAAACGGAUUGUAUUUCCUUCGUGGUGCUGUAUCCCAAUCGAGACUUUCUGUCGUUAGGUCAUCAAGACAAACCCUUCCUCCCUCCUUUUGCCAUUCUCCCUACCAAUAACCCACCUCAAGACCAAAGUCAACACCGCCACACCACCCAUACUGACAGCACAGACCUCCAUACCUCGUGUGUAAUAAGGGCCUUCUGUGUCCGGAUAUAACCUCGUCCCGACCAACGGCCCCAUUUGCCCAAUCACAUUAAGCACAGCGACUCCGGUCCCCUUUCCCUCAUCGCUGCGUUGAUUAUUCACCGUCCAUGUAAUGACAAUCGUCACGCAGCUGAAAAAACCCGCGCAAAUGGGAAAUGUCGCUGCAUAGCGUAUUCCCUGGCCGAGUUGGAAAUGUCCUGCUACGGUGAGUAAGAGAUAUCCGGAAGAAGCGAGUAGAGCGUGAAAGACCAUGGGCCAGGUUCGAGUUUUCCAGCGAUCGGAGAGGUGGGCGGUGAGGAGC